GAAAGGCUUUCUGUGUCUGGUUGAGUUACAGCGCCCCCCAGAGGAGAGCAGCUGGAACAGGCUGGGUCCAGGCUCUGCUGUGAUUGGCUCCUCUGAUCAUGUGAUAUCUGAGAAAAAGGAAGCCAGAGACAGUCUGGGUGGGCUGCCAAUACAUCACAAAAACCACAAAGAAGAAGAAGAAGACUGGGUGAGCUUGCUGCCUGCAGACCAAAAGUUUGAUUUAAAGUCAGCUUUUUCAUCUCUCUGAAGAGGAGAUCUCAACACUUCAGGAGGACCAGGAGACCUGGAGAUGGGGGGUACGGAGUCAACACCAUCACCAUCACCACCACCACCACCACCACCACCAACACCACCACCACUAGAGACCGCAUGCAUCACUACUCACUAUAUGAGUCAUCUGGCUUCAGGGCCAAGACCAAGAAGAAGAAGACGGAGCAAAGACAUACCUCCUCAUAUGUCUGAAUUUAUGAACAAACUCAAAGAACAUGCAGCUUCAUUCAUCAGAGAGUUUGACAGCAGAGAACAGAAGAUGAGAGAGCUUGCAGGAAUGAUCCAAACGUUCGCUGACAGAGAAGUCAGAUUAUUGGACAUGAUGGCUCAUAGCCAAGACAUGGCCAUGAUGGCCAUGAUGGCUCAUGGCCAUUAUGGCCAUGUCUUGGACAGGAGAGAACAGGAGAUGAGAGAGCUUACAGGAAUGAUCCAAACGUUCGCUGACAGAGAAGUCAGAUUAUUGGUCCAUGUCUUGGACAUGAUGGGAUCUGGAGGAGCAGCUGCUGCUGCGAGAUCCUUCAUGGAAAUCGGUGAACUACUGAAGAAAAACCUGGAAGAAAUAAAGAGGACGUGUGAGGAGUUGGAGCAAAGAUCAGCUGAACUUCAGGCUAGAAUCACUCUGACAGACAUGGAGGUGUUACAGAGGACUCUGACAGAGUCUGGAGAUGGAAGAGAAAUCCUGAUUUUGCCUCAUCUGUGUAGCAGGGUGGUUGAUGACUGUAAAAAGAUGAAGGAAGAACUCAGCUGUAAAGGCCUUGUUUCUUCAUAAUCUCUCACUAAAUGGACUGAACAGUAAAGGUAGGAGCUGUAAAGGCCUUGUUUCUUCAUAAUCUCUCACUAAAUGGACUGAACAGUAAAGGUAGGAGCUGUAAAGGCCUUGUUUCUUCAUAAUCUCUCACUAAAUGGACUGAACAGUAAAGGUAGGAGCUGUAAAGGCCUUGUUUCUUCAUAAUCUCUCACUAAAUGGACUGAACAUCCUGUCUGAACACUACCGGCCCUUGCGACCAAAAAACCAGACCGUCCCACCAAAACAGCAUGAACCAUAUUGAACCAUAUUGAAACAUAGAAAAUAGUUACAGAUUAAAGCCAUUUUUAUUGAAUGCUAAGGCUCUUACUACCAGCUGGUACAUCAUAUGAGUAAACUAUUUUAUUUUUAUAUAGUAUAUAGUUUGUACAUAAUUUUUGUGUGUAGGUAUACAUUUAUUUUUCUGGAAUUUGAUUUGGGCGGCGCCCUUUAUUAACAAGAUGUCACUUUGCUAAACAUGAACUCUUAAUGGCCUUUAGGAGCUCGGUGUGUAGAGAGAGAGAUAGAGAGAUAGAGAGAUAGAGAUAGAUAGAUAG